AUGGCUUCGACUGUGAGCCCUACAAUUGGAACGACAUCAACCGCAUUCUGGGUCUCAAAGCCUCUUGCAUUUCCUUCAAGGUUUGUUGAUGUAGUUCUGACCAUACCUGGGGGAACUCUAUUUCCUAUGUGUGGUAUGAACUUGGCAUUCAACCGUGAACUGAUUGGACCAGCAAUGUACUUUGGACUCAUGGGUAUUCGUGAGCCAAUUGGAAGAUAUGGUGAUAUGUGGUCUGGCUGGUGCGUGAAGGUUAUAUGCGACCAUUUGGGAUAUGGUGUCAAGACUGGUCUGCCCUACAUAUGGCACAGCAAAGCGAGUGAUCCCAUCAUUGCAUUUGUUAACCUCAGAGAGGAGUACUAUGGUUUCUUCUGGCAAGAAGAGCUGAACCCCUUCUUCCAAUCUGCAGUCCGUACAAAAGCAUGCACUACUGUUCAGAAAUGCUACAUCGAACUCUCAAAGCAAGUCAAGGAUGAGCUUGGCAGGAUUGACCCAUACUUCCUUAAGCUGGCAGAUGCCAUGGUUACUUGGGUAGGAGCUUGGGAUGAGCUUAACGUAAAAGUAUGUGCCCCAGUAAAUGCUACCUAUCCUAAUAUUCUGAUAGUUGCGUUUGGAUUGAAGCAUACUGAAGAUGUUGAAGAUGCUGGGCAUAGCCAUACUGCAAGGGAGCUCAUGGAAACCUUUUGCAUUGGAGAGCUUGACACCACUUCCUCAGCUAUCGCGGAACUUGAGAUAACCUCUAAGGAUCAAGCAGUUGAUUAUCCUAAGAAGAUCAAGGACUUGACGAAGCAAUACUGGGCUGUUCCUGUGGCCGUUGUUGGCAUCUCUGUGGUUGUUGGCUUCUUAUACUUGCGCAAGAAGUGA